AGUAUGGGCCAGCGGAUCCACAUGCAGGCAGGGACCCUCCUCAAACCCACCCUCUGGGCUGAGCCAGCCUCUGUGAUGCCCUGGGGGAGCACCGUGACCAUCUGGUGUCAGGGGACCUCGGAGGCCAAGGAGUUCUGUUUUGAGAAAGAUGGAAGCACAUUUCCCGGGUGCGGAGCAAAUCCACUGCAUCAAAUGGGCAAAGGCAGGUUCAGCAUCACAAGCCUGGCAGAGAAUGGUGUUGGGAGAUAUCGCUGUUACUAUCGCAGCCCUGCUGGCUGGUCAGAGCGCAGUGACCCCCUGGAGCUGGUGGUGACGAUAGGAUCCUACAGCAGACCCACCCUCUCAGCCCAGCCCAGCCCUAUGAUGACCUCAGGAGGGAACGUGACCCUCAAGUGUGGCUCAUGGCAGGGAUUUGGCAGGUUCAUUCUGACUAAGGAAGGAGAUCACAGGCUCUCCUGGUCCCUGAACUCACAGACACACCUCAGUGGAAUGACAGUGCAGCCAGGCCCCAGGAUGGCCUCAGGAGAGAACGUGAUCCUGCUUUGUCAGUCACAGAGCCUGAGGGACACUUUCCUUCUGUCCAAGUAG